AUGGCUGACCAUCCCGCAGUCCUAGAACCGCGAUCAUAUUCGGUCGAGGUCGAUACAACCACAAAUAAUCCUGACUCUCAGCCAGAAGUUGAGACAGGGCAGGAAGCUGAAGCUCAAUCGGAUUCACAGCCGGAAAUCGAGCCAACCAGUAACUCACAACUAGAGGUAGACUUACCAUCUCGUUCCGGAACAGUCACACCGAUCGACAACCAGGCUGUCUCUCCCACAAACCACAACGACGUUCGCCUUCCUGGGAUUAGAGAGGUCGUUGGAGAGCAGUUGCUUCUGCCUAGACCACCUCCAGUCGAACUGGGAAUUCCACCACCAGGACGUCCGGGCGAAAUACCAAUCUAUCUGGACAAGCUUCCUAUUCAACUCUACGAGAUCGCCGGAGGAUUCUACAAUAUGACACAACCUCCGAAUGAGACUAAGUCAUCGCAUGAGCGACUGACUGUAGAUCACAGAAAGAUCAGAUACACCCUCGCGCUCGUCCAACAGCCAGAGAAAGCCAGAGCUUGUGGAUCAGGACCUCGUUCAUCAGCUGACCGUAGACCUGUUGACCCUCCUCCUGUUGUGGAGCUGAGGGUCUUUGCGAAUGAUGUCGAUGUCACCAUGUCUUAUGAUGCUACAUUUAUGCUCUACGCUAGCUUGGAAAAUUCGCGACCAAUAGCAUCCGGCAAGAUGCAUUCACCUCCAACCAUUCCAGUCCUGACAGGCGUCGCGGUUGCUAGCGCUGCCUACUUGGAACGCCCAAACCCUGCAGCGUACUUCAUUUUCCCAGACUUAUCAGUCCGACAUGAGGGUUGGUACAGAUUGAAAUUCUCUCUGUUCGAAGGCGUCAAGCACGAAGCAGACGCAGAUGAAGAUAAACCUUUCCACAAUAUUCCUCUGACACAGGACAAAUAUACACGCCCCGUUCGCCAUGAGAGCAUGUUUAAUCGUCUGGAAGUACAAUCUCUCCCUUUCCAGGUCUUCAGCGCAAAGAAAUUCCCCGGCCUCAACAAGAGUACCACGCUCAGCAGAAUGGUCGCUGAGCAAGGCUGCCGUGUUAGAAUUCGACGAGACAUCCGCCAAAGGAAACGAACGGGAAAGGGAGAUGUUGAUGUCGAUGAUGUCCACAGCUCCUACCAAGGGACACCUCAAGCAACCUAUCGAACACUGGAUCAUUCGCGAUCUGCGAGCCGUAACAGUAUUGGCAGUCAGUAUGAACCCGAUGCUCGGCGACUAUCCGUGGACAGCAGCUAUCGACAUCCAGGUAUCCAAACUCGGCAACCAUCAAUUGUUGGUAUGCCUCUAGGAAGCCCUUCCCAGCCCACUCCUUCUCAAAUGACGAUAUCCAUGCCUCCUCCAUCAGCAGCGUGGUCCCAAGGCACCAUGCCACGGCCGCUAUCGGAUGCAUCCCCUCUAAUAUCUCCUCACACACCAACACGAAUGCCAGCACCCAUGACGUUUCCACAAUCCUCUUCACUCCCUGUCGAGCCAUCGAGACCCAUCAUCAACAACAGUGGCAUAACUCUUCCCCCGUUGUUUACCUCAUCUUCUUACCAUCGGCCUCUGUAUGCAGUCCAGGAAAGCUUCCCGACGAAGCGAUCAGCAAGCUCGUAUACCUAUGAAACAGAGACUGCUUUGAAAGACCGUGGACGUCCUGAUAAUCGUCCUCCUGCUUCUCUACGGCGCGCAUACUGGAAUCCUGACACAAGCGUUGAUGGUGCCAAUCAGGUGAUUGAGCCGGAUAACGGCGAGGAAGAGGAGUUUGAGGAAGUUUCCUUGUUGAACGGUCCUUUGGUUUACGAACGUGCCGAUGGUUCAAGACAGAACAAAACAUGGCAUGGACAUUUUUGA